UCAAGGGGUGGGGCUUCAAGCAGCAGAUUUAAGAAGACAACUGUUCCUGUUUUCUCUCAUUGUGGUGUUGAGGAAGUGUGUGUUUCAGGCUCUGCAUUUUGACCACCCAUACAAUGGUGAAGAUCUUUGUUGGGAAUCUGCCGCCACAGGCAGAGAGCGAAGAAAUCAAAUCCCUGUUUGCUCAAUAUGGCACGGUCACCGAGUGUGCCAUCAUCAAGAACUUUGCCUUUGUCCAUAUGGACGACCGCAAGAACGCUACAAAGGCCAUACGUAGCCUCCAUUUGUACAAGCUACACGGCACCCCCAUUAACGUCGAGGCCAGCCACGGUAAAAACCAGGGCCCCAUCAAGCUGCAUGUGGCCAACGUCGAAAAGGGUGUGGAGGACGAGCUCAGGGCUCUGUUUGAAGAAUACGGAACAGUAACGGAGUGUUCCAUCAUCAAGAACUUUGCGUUUGUACACAUGAACAACUCCGACGAGGCCAUGGAUGCCAUCAAGGGUUUGGACAACACCGAUUUCCAAGGCAAACGGAUUCACGUCCAGGUCUCCAAAAGCAGACCGCGAGGAGAGGAGGAAGGUUACGGUCCUCCAGAAAGUGGGGGCUAUUGGCCACCCCGUUUCCCCGGUGAACAUCCGCAGCCGGGCCCUCCUGGGUUUGGCAGAGGCCGCUUUGGUCCUCCAGGUUACCCCCCUGCUCCUCCUCCACCCCCUCCCCCUCCACCACCCAGACGCCCCCCAUUUCCUGGUGGUGGCUAUGGUGGUGAUCGUGAUGGCAAUGGGGUUGUGGAUUAUUAUGAAAAAUAUCGAGCUCGCCCUUAUGGCAUGUCCUCUUACGAGGAUCGUCGUAUGGGCGGUAUUCCACCACCCCCACCGCCCCCUUCAGGCAUGAUGAGAGAGCGCAUGCCCCCUUCCAAUAUCGACCCGUACGAUCGACGCCCUCUCCCACCCCCGCCGUCUUCGUUUUACCGCGAUCGUAGUCCCAUCGGAAGGGCACGCCAGCCCCUCCAGCGUCUGCCGGAAAUGGCUAUUCAUAUGAGCGCUCCCGUUUAUCGCCGCUGUCCAUGUCUCGGAACCAAAUGUACAAUGCGCCUCGAUCCAGGGACCCCUACAGUGAAAGGGUGCCUCCGCCACCACCUGCGCGCUAUACAUACUAAAGUGAAUCUCUGCACUUGUGUACCCAAGGUGUAAUUUAAUCGGCAAGAUCGUCGUCGUUGUCUCCAGGUGCACAUGACACGAUUCGCCCCUCGUCUGACGGAGCGCGUUUCGUUUGCCUACGCCUCGCUUAUCAGAAGAGUUCUAGUGCGGACUUCACGCUUUAAACUAAAAUGAUUUUUACCCGACUCAAUUUCGUCCUUUUGCUCAAAUUGUACCUUGCUCAUUCUGUGCGGCUUGUUUUUUUUUUUUUUUUUUUUUUUUUUCUUUUUCUUUUUUUUUUUACUGUUUAGAGUUCAGUAGGUUAUUGGACUGAAAGCAUCAAGCAGAUAAGCUAAAGAUUAUAUUUUUUUUUUUAGCUCCUGUCAAGCCGAUAACUCUUAAAGCUGUUUUGUUUAAACUUGUGUACAUUUUGUGAAGUUUGUGAGAUCAAAACGUUUGUUUUAUUUGAAAACCUUUUUUGUUUCUUCAACCCUGUAACAGCGUUGGAACAGUGCCACGUCUUUAGACGUAAUGGGUACACACGUGCGCCUUGCGAUCUAAACUUUUUUUAUAGAUCAGCAAUAACUGCGAUUGCUGUUCAGUGGAGGUUUUUCCUUUUUAGAUUGAAAUUUAGUCAGAAUGGCAUCCCCUCUAAUACGAUGUACUCUUUUUAGGGAUCGUUUCUUUUUUUAAAUAAAUGGUCUGACACUAA